CCUCAGUGUGAUGUGUAGCUGAACCCUAUUGGUUCACGCAGUGACCCUCUCAGCCAAUCAGCUGCAGCCUUCUAACCUGCAGAAGAAACUGAAGUUGUUGUCCUAUGUCCUCGGCCGGUAAAAUGUCUGAGCCCGCAGCUAUGGAGAGUUCGUCGGUGUACAUGUGCUUCCCCUGCUACCAGGAGUUCAACACCCUGGAGGAGGUACUCGAGCACCAGUUGACGUGCACCGCUGAGGAUGAACAGCUGGAAGCACCUGGAACCCCUGUCACUGUUCCAAUGCUACAGACUCGGCAACAGGUAAUAAAUAUAUCAAGGGCAGUUGAAGUCCCACAGUUUCAAGUCCAAGUAGGAAACGUGCAACCUGUUGUCAAGCAGGCUGCAGUCAGUGCACAAGUGACAUCAGACCAGCCCAGAAUCCUCUACCAGUGUGGGGACUGUGAUGAACUUUUCAAAAGCCUGGACCUUUGGCAGCAACACCGUAAAGAAGAGACGUGUCAGCAGUCUCCCUCUGGGAAGAAGUCAAAACCUCAUUCACAACCUGAGCCAGAAACCGCUUUAGCUGAGAGCUCCAGUUCAAUUUUAAAUCCAGAUGAUGCUUCUCUCACGACGACUGAAACUAGUGAGAAUCUUAAACCAGAACCGGUGGAGACUCCCGUAGCAGAGGAAGAGGGGCAGCAAGUUGCAGAGACCACUUCAGCUCAGAGCUCUGAUCCUCCUGUUUCUGAGGUGGCCGCCUCGACCACGAAUCAAGAGGAUUGGUCUCCCAGGAGGAGAGGGGCAAACAAAAAGCCCAAGCCUGAACCAGUGCUCCUGUGUGUGGACUGCGGCUCGUGCUUUGGCCUGGUGUCUGAACUAGUGGCCCACCGCAAGACCCAGCAUGGCUUCGAGGAAGCUCUGCACCGCUGCUCUGUGUGUGGGGAAAGCUUUCUUAACACCACGCUGUUUCUUUACCACCGCAAGCAACACCGGCAGAAAGGCGAGGAAAAGCUGGUCGAGGUUCCUGAGGAGACAUCAGAGGAAGUUUGUACUCAAAGCAACGGGACUGAUGAGCAGCAGGGCCAGGAUGCCACUGACUCCAUCGCCAACGUCACCUCCAGUUUCACACAGCCCGAGUUUUUCAUGUGCACCCAGUGUGGGGAGAGCUUCAGCGACGAGGGAGGGCUGGUCACCCAUCGUAAGCAGAAGCACGGCCUGAAGGAGCCGCUACACAGCUGCCCCAAUUGUGGCGAAAGCUUCAUGAACACCACCCAGUACCUGUACCAUCGCCGGCAGCAUCGCUUCACAGCAGGGACAGAGGUGGUGGACGGAACUGAAACUGGUGAUGAAGCAGCUGCCACUAAACCCCAGGAUACCCCACCGAGCUCAAAGCGGCUGCUUUCCCCGCCGGCCUCUGCUAGUGAAUCAGGGUCACCCCUUCCUAAGAGAAGUAGGCCCUCAAUCAGGAUCCUGAGCGGCAUUAAUGCUGGAAACAGGGGCACCAAAGACGAACCAGAGGGCAGCACUGCAGCAGACUCCGACAACACCAACCACCCUCCACCUGCUAAGCUGCUGCAGGACUGGGCCCGCACACCACUACCCCAUGUUUGCCCCUACUGUGGCAAAACUUUCACCAGGCGUGUCUUCCUCCGCACCCACGUCUACAGCCACACCGGAGAAAAGCUCUUCAUGUGCAAGGUUUGCACGAAGUCCUUCACUAACUCCCAGAGCCUGCUGCGCCACAGCAUGAGCCACACGGGCAGCAAGCCCUUCAGCUGCAAUGUUUGUGGCAAAAACUUCUCCCAGGCAGCCACCCUGAAGAGACACCAACGCAUUCACACAUCAACACUCCCUCGGCGCAAGCGUGGACGCAAACCGGCGUGUACUUUGGACAAUGAGGGAGCUGCUCAUCUCUUCUCUUGUCCUAACUGCCCGUCACGAUUCAACACGGAGGAUCAGCUCAACCAUCACAAACUGCUCCACACCAGCCAUCCAUUCCCUUGCCCCGAAUGUGGAGAGGCCUUCAAACGCAGGAGAGAACUGGACCUGCACUCGCUCACUCAUCAAGACAAGCAGCCAGCGACGUGUCUUCACUGUUCAACACAGUUUGUGAACCAGUCAGUGCUGGAAAUCCACAUGCAGCGUUGCCCUUCCACAGAGGAGGACAAGAACACAGGUCGUGGACGGGGUCAGGGCCGAGGACGAUGCACUGGACAGGUUGAGUGUGACCUAUGCGGCCACCGUUGCAUGACCCAGGAGGGCCUCGACCUCCAUCGGUUAUCCCACACGGGCCAGACACCGCUCAAAUGCCCGGUGAGGCCUUGCCGCCGCCGAUUUACCUCCAACAGUACCCUGGAGGAGCACGUGCUGGCCCACUUCCAAGGAACGCUCAGCAAGUCCAAAAACCGACCCCGCUUCCGCUGUCAGAUUUGCCACAAGGAAUUUUCCUACAAUUCCACCUUCAGUGUUCACAUGAGGACACACACUGAUGAGAGGCCCUUCGAGUGCGCCACAUGUGGCAAGCGCUUCCGCCAGCUGCCCCACCUGCAGGACCACGAGCGCAUCCACAGCGGCCUGCGGCCCUUCUGCUGCUGGAUUUGCGGCAAGAGUUUCAGCGUGGCCGCCCGGCUCACCGAGCACGCACGCACCCACAGCGGGGAGAAGCCCUACCCCUGCGGCCACUGCCCUGCCGCCUUCCGCUCUCGCUCCAACCUGGAUAAACACAUCCGGCUACACGGAGACCUGCCUGUGGAGAGCGCCGAGCAGGCAGCACAGGAGGCCGAGGCGGCCCAUGUCCAGAAGGUGCUGGAGGGGGCCAAAGUGCUGUCUUCUCUGGCCACCACGGGGGAGAUUGAUUCUGGCACCGUUCAGACCAUCUAUGUACUGCAGGGGAGCGAUGGAGGUAGUGAGACGGUCAUGAUCCCGUCUGAUCAGUUUACCGGCUUAGACGGCGCCUCGCAGGUCGUCAUCCUGCCCGCCUCUGUUCUGGGAGCUCAGGGCAUUUCCGUUCCCACGAUCACCAUGGAUGGAAAUGAAAUCACCAUGAUGCAGACGAACCACUCACCACAGCACGCCAUAGAGUUCAUUGUGGAGGAGACUGUAUAAAUGGCAACACAGUAGAGAAAGACUGAAUGAUAAGUUGAGAAUACAGAUUGUUGGAUUUAGGUUUGAUAAUUAAAGCAUAUGGAGUUAUUACCUUAUAUGUAUAUAGUUUGACAGUUUAAACAAAGGUCUGUGUAGAAAUACAAUUUUACAAGUUUUCCCUGAGCAGAAAAUUUAAUAACAUUGUUCAAACAGUGUAAAACUAAUGAAUCAGAGGUCCAUACGCAGACGAAACGCUCAGGGGAACAGAAUGUACUUUAAAUUAGUCUUUCAAACUGAUUGAAAAACAGAUUGUAAAAUUGGUCCUCGAUUGUAUACAGACAUACAUUCACAAGCCCCUAUUUAUUAGGGGAAGACAAGCGGUGGCCCAUGAAAUGUCUUCUGCUUUCUUUAUAAUAAAACGCUUCAGCUUUCA